AUGAAUGCAUUUGAUAUCAUAAUUCAAAUUGGGAACUUACAUCUCACCUGCCCAAAGUCACUGCUUGCCGAAAAUUCAGACUACUUCAGGUCACUUUUCCAAGGUUCCUAUUCGGAUUCAGACUCCAGUUUCUUCAGACUCCCAGAUCACUUUUCAUUUACAGGAUUUUAUCACAUUUACGAACUUAUGCAUAGGAAAGAUACGCUUCCCUAUGACACUCAAAUAGCUCUCGAAGUUCUUGAGAUUGCUGAUUUUCUUCAAGUUUCUCGAAGUCUGUUUCAGCUCAUACUUGCAUAUAUUAAAAUACACUCUGAUAACGCGACCUUUUGGCUAUCGAUGUGUGAAGGCAAGGAAGAGUGAAACGAACUUAAAAGCAAAGUUCUCAAAAUCUGCAAGGAAGAAAUAAAUGAAAUCAUUUAUGACGAGAAUUUGAAAUCUUUUAAGCUAGAAAAUCUAUUUGAAAUUUUCGAUACAUCUAGAGUUUAUCAGUUAAACGCAGAUGAUGUGAGCCAAAUGCUGGAUACUCUUUUUUGGGUACAAGGAAAUUCGUCAAUUUCCAAACUGCUGCAAACCAUAAGAGAUCACUAUGAAAGUGCAAGCCAAAAUGAAGAUUCAAGCUUUUCAUGAAAAAUUGGAAGCUUAGACUAUGACCAAAAUCAAAAUGGCUACUAUAAAAGAACUUUUGAAUCCGCCACUGAUGUGUGGUGCUUGAAAUCUAAGAUAUCUGAGAGGCUCUACAUAAGUGUAUUUACUGCUCAUCAAAAAUGCAAAAAUAAAGGGCAUGCAAACGUGAAAAGCCUAUUUUACAAAUAUCAGAUGCAAUCAGCGAAUGGAAAUUUCGUAAAAUCAUCAUUGUUUGGUUUUCCAGUAGACUGAAAUUGCUGCUACGGGCCAGCAAGAUUUUGCGAAGUCUCAGACAUGUCAAAAGAUAGCACUCUCGAAGUUUGAAUAAAAGAAAUCCCUCUUCACGGAGCAAUUCUCUCUUAUAUUGUUGACUCAAUAGAAACCAUUUCUACUGAUUUUUCUGAGCAAGAACUAUUGUUUUUCAACCCAAAAGACAUGUUCAGUGUAAUUGAGUCAUGUCACGUCAUGAAUAAAUCUGAAGACACAAUUUGCUAUCUUCUGGCAAGGUAUCUGAUUCAUCACCCUGAUGAAUGUGCAGGAAUCAUCGAAACUUUAAGGAUGUACUCUAUGAGCUUGGAAAUGCUCCAAACAGUAAGUAAUCUACCUUACUUUGACUCACUCCCUGAUACCUUCAAGACCAAAGUCUUGAAAGAAUUCGGGACAAGAGUGACUCCAAAACUGGAGAAACUGGAGCUUCCAAGCAGCAGAAGUGUCCUGAGGGUCUUGAACUCAAAUUCACUUAAUAUGAGAUAA